UUCAAGUACCAAACGGCCUAAAUAUUGGCCAUUCCACAAAGCAUGCUCUUUUUUGAACGAAUACAAAGCAUAUCUUUUGGCGAUUUCAUAUAAGUAUAGAAUUCUACACACAUCAAAGAAACGAGAGACAUGUCAAGAUCCGACACCAUCCUUAAACUGUUGCAAGGCUGCAACAGUCUCCAAAGGCUUCAGAAAAUCCAUGCACACGUCAUCACCAACGGUCUUCAACACCACCCCGCCAUUUCCACCAAACUCGUCCACUUCUGCGCUGUCUCGGUUUCUGGCUCCUUGUCCUACGCACAGCUUCUCUUCCAUCACAUUGAUAAUCCUCAAACACAAGCUUGGAAUUCCAUUAUCAGAGGCUUUGCCAAUAGCCCAUCUCCUCUCCAAUCCAUUCUUUAUUACAAUGACAUGUUUUCUUCUUUGGUUUCUCGCCCUGACACCUUUACUUUCUCAUUUGUGCUCAAGGCCUGCGAGAGAGUUAAGGCUGAGAACAAGUGUAGAGAGGUUCAUGGGACUAUAAUACGAUGUGGGUAUGAGAGGGAUGUUGUUGUUUGUACUAAUCUUGUAAGGUCUUAUGUGGGAAAUGGAUUCAUUGGGGUUGCAAAGAAGGUGUUUGAUGAUAUGUCUGAAAGGGACUUGGUUUCUUGGAAUUCAAUGAUUUCUUGCUACUCUCAAGCUGGUUUUCACUACGAGGCGUUGAAGGUGUAUGAUGAGAUGAAGAAUGAGAAUGUGGGUCUUGAUGGGUUUACUCUUGUUGGAUUACUUUCGUCUUGCGCUCACGUGGGCGCGUUGAAUGUUGGGGUUAAUCUGCAUAGGAUUGCUUGUGAAGAGGGGUUUGUGAAGAAUGUUUAUGUUGGAAAUGCACUUAUAGAUAUGUAUGCAAAAUGUGGUUGCUUGGAUGAUGCUUUUUGCAUCUUUGAUAGUAUGCAGAAGCGGGAUGUUUUUACUUGGAACUCGAUGAUUGUUGGGUAUGGAGUGCAUGGUCAUGGGGAUGGAGCAAUCUCUUUCUUUAGGCAGAUGUUGAUGGCAGGAGUUCAACCAAAUUCCAUCACAUUCCUUGGUUUGUUGUGUGGAUGCAGUCACCAAGGCUUGGUUGAGGAGGGUGUUGAGUAUUUCCACAUGAUGAACACGAAGUUCAAUUUGAAGCCUGGAAUUAAGCAUUAUGGCUGCAUUGUGGAUUUGUUUGGACGAGCUGGGAAGCUUGAAAAGGCACUUGAUAUGAUAGGGACUUCUCCCUCACAAGAUGAUCCAGUCCUAUGGCGCACUUUGCUUGGAUCUUGCAAGAUUCACAAGAAUGUGAAAAUAGGGGAGAUUGCCAUGAGGAAUCUGGUUCAGCUUGGGGCAUCAAAUGCAGGGGACUAUAUUCUGCUUGCUGCGAUAUAUGCUGGAGCCAAAGAUACAGAUGGUAUUGCAAAGAUGAGAAAAUUGAUCAAAAGCCAGGGAAUAAAGACAACCCCGGGAUGGAGCUGGAUUGAAGUUGGUGAUCAAAUUCAUAAAUUUGUUGUGGAUGACAAGUCACAUCCUGAUUUUGUUGAAAUUUAUCACAAACUGAGAGAAGUAAUCAGUCAGGCUGCUUUGCUUGGUUAUGUGCCAGAGGAGUCUUUAAUCUCUGUGGCUGAUUUGAUUACAGAAGAGUGCCUAGAAACCUCCACAUCAUAUCAUAGUGAGAAGUUGGCAAUUGCUUUUGGGUUGGCAAGAACUCCAAAAGGAACAUCUAUACGAAUUGUUAAGAAUUUAAGAGUUUGUAAAGAUUGCCAUUCAUUUACAAAAUAUGUUUCGAAAGCAUUUAAUAGAGAAAUAAUUGUUAGGGACAGAGUUCGGUUCCAUCACUUCAAAGACGGAGUUUGUUCUUGCAAAGACUACUGGUGAUGACUGAUGAUAGUCAAUUAAAUUUCUCCAAGAAGUAUCACACGAUUAUCUAGCACCAACACUUUAGGCUUCGGAGACCAUGCUAUCAUCAGUUGGUUGGUUUUGACUUUUGACAGAGAUUUUCUUAUCAAACCUUAUGCUUGUGUAACAUGCGUGAGAUACAGGGGGCCUGGAAUUCACCCUUUCCCAUAUCCUUGGGGAUCUCUCAUAGUGCAUUGGCUCUAAGUUUAUUAGAAUUCCUUAAAGCAAGGGAAAAAUUGCUUUCUUCCUUUUGCUGGUAUAUUUCUUUACUUGCUGUGUCAGUUGGAUGCUACUUCCAGUAUUUACAUUCUCAGGAAUUCUGUUCAUUUGGUUCAAUCCCUCUGGCCGUGACUGCAAUCCCAAUGUCUCCUUCAUUGUCAUGGCUCUGACACUUGUUUCAUUUGCAGUUAUUGCAUUGCAUCCAGCUGUAAGCAUGACAUUGUUAAGACCGUAAAAGACAUAUAAACUGACCAAGGCAAAACCUUCUUUGGGGCUAAUUCCUGUGUUCAAAGCAUUUUGACAUCAAAAGCAUUGGUCCAAUAGCAGCCAUAUCUACAUUCUACAAAUGCACCUCCUUCCCCUCUGAUCCUUGUCUUCUGCGCGCUCACAGCUGGAUCUGUUAGAACAACUCACUUCCACUAGUUCAGCAGUUGAUGGUUAUGAAAGUGAUGGCAGCUCCCAGAGACUUACAAUUCGUGACCAGCUAGCACGAUUAGUUGGAGACAGAGA